AUGGCCGAUCCCAAGCCAACCGACGGGGGCAAGCAGGCGGGCGAGAAUGAAACUUCAGUCCUCCAGAAUAUUCCCAUCCGCAGAGGACCGCUGCCCCUCGAGAUUCCCAUAAUCCAGCACUUAAACUCCAAGCGCGUCAUUCUAGCAUCGGCGUCCCCUAGACGGAAAGCUCUGCUGCAGCAGAUCGGCCUCAAAAACCUCGAAAUCCUCCCGUCGACAAAACCCGAAGACGUGGACAAGGGAGCAUACGGCCCCUACGAAUAUGUCGAGGAGACGGCCCGCAAGAAGUGCCUGGACGUGUACAGCAUAGCUUUGGAAAACUCCAUGAAGUCGAUACCCGACCCCUCGCUGGUCAUCGCGGCCGACACCAUCAUUGUCACGCGGGACGGGCGCAUCCUCGAGAAGCCACGCAACGAGGCGGACCACAUCCGGAUGCUGAAGCACCUGCGCGACACCCGGAUGCACAAGGUGCUGACCUCGAUCAGUGUGAUCGCCCCGCGGGAGGACGCGAGGGCGCCGGGUUACGAGCUCGUCACCCACACGGAGGAGACCAAGGUCUACUUCUGGGAGGAAGAGGACGGGCUGCCGGACGACGUCAUAGAGGCUUACGUGAAGACUAGGGAGGGGGCGGACAAGGCCGGCGGCUACGCUAUACAGGGCAUGGGCGGCAUGUUACUCGCGGAGAAAAUCGACGGCAGCGUGGAUAAUGUUGUUGGUUUACCUGUUCGACGGACCCUGUCGAUGGCCGAGAAGGCUAUCUUCCAGCAGGAGGAGGACAUUUAUGAAGAGGGCGGGGAGGAGGAGGAAGACUGA